CUGCACCAGUUCGUGGCAGUAAGGACCAGUAAGCUCAGCAUGGGCUUCAACACAAAGCUCAGCUUCUUGCUGCUCUUGACCAGUUGUGCUUUUGCUCAAGAAAGGGGCAGGAGUUCCAGUGGCGCAAAAGACACUUGUUUAAGAGAGUUGUUUCGUUUCAAAAAUUUUUGGAAGUAUGUAUACAAUUAUGAAACGGAGACCUUAAAUGGAGUGCCUGGAACUGCAGACUCCCGCUCUGGUGUCAAGCUGUCCUGCAAAGUUGAACUGGAAGUUCCUCGGCACUGUGGGCUCAUGAUGCAGGUAAACCAGUGCAAACUGCAGGAGGUACACAGCAUCAAUGCAGAUGGCAAGCCGAUCUUCAAAAAAUCUAAAGAGUCAGAAAACUUCCAGAAAGCCAUGUCCCAAUAUGAGCUGAAAUUCACAACAUCAGGAGAUAAUGGCAUCACUUUGUAUCCACAUCAAGAUGAGCCAACCAACAUUCUCAACAUCAAGAGAGGUAUAAUUUCCACUCUUUUGGUGCCGAUGGAAUCUAGUAGUGACACGGAGACUCUUUUCAUGGAUUCUAUUUACGGCAAAUGUAAAAGUCAUUUUGCAGUCAAUAGCAGAAGAAAGUCAGUAGCUACUAAUGUGGUCAUUGAACGGGACCUUACCGAAUGCAGGAUGUACUAUCCCAAGAGUGUAAAAGGUAGCCCUUUUGCAAUACUUGGAGGAGAGGAAUUUGCAACAUCAUCCCAACUGGGCAGCAGCCAGUCUUGCACGUAUUCCCUGGAUGGAAGUAAGAAGCAUGUAACAGAAGCCGUCUGCAGUGAAAAACACAUUUUUCUGCCUUCCUUUAACCAAAACAAUUACGGACUGAUGUCAACCGUUAAACAGACACUCAAACUGGAAACCUCAUUUCGGAUCAACAACCGAUACUUUAUCGAAGAUAAAGUUAACUUGAAAUACUUGAGGUUGGAGCUUACUGACAGUAAAACAAAGAGUGCAGAUUCUGCCCUGACAACUCUACAGAAACUUGUCAAGCUGGCUGAGACUGCUCAGAAUCAACAACGAGCCAACUUGUUCCAGAAAUUUGUGUUCGAAUUGAGGAGCUUGGAGGAAGAUACACUUUUCAAUGUCUUACCAAAGCUAAUGGAAACAUCCAGCUCAAUUACUGUGCAAGCUCUCCCCCAAUGCGGGACACAAGAAUGUUUUUCGGCAGUCCUCAAGGUAUUUGAAAAUGAAACAGACUCCCCUCUGCUCAUCGAUACAAUUACGUACGCCAUGGGACUCAUGCCUUCACCCUCCAAGCAUAGACUUACGGAGGCCCUCAGCAUUGCAAAGCAUCGGCAAUCACGGGCUACAUUUUAUGGACUGAGUCACACUGCAAGGAAUUUUUACAAACAGCAGCAGACUGUAGGGCCAGAACUAAAGGCUGUAGCGGAUUACAUGAUGUCUUUAAUUGGAACUGACUGCUCUGGUGAGGAAGGCGAGAUCUAUUUGACUCUAAAGGCACUAGGAAAUAUGGGAAAGGCAAUGGAGAACGCAAAUCCCAGAAUUACAUCUACUCUCCUGAAAUGUCUUAAAAACUCUAAAGCUUCCGCACCUGUUCAGCAAGCUGCAAUUCAAGCUUUCAGACAAAUGACUCUCACUGAUGAGGCGCGCAGUGUGCUUCUUGAUGUAUAUCAGGAUGUAACUUCGCCUCUCCUGAAGAGACUGGGAGCUUACUUCAUGGUCAUGAAGAAUCCAUCAACAAGUGACCUUAAAAAAAUCACAAGGAAUCUGCCAAAUGAGAAAAAUGUAGAACUACGAAGUUUUGUGUCCUCACAUUUGAUUCAUAUUCUUCAGUCAGAGGAGCCUACAGUUCAGGAACUAAAAAACAAAGUUGUAAAAAUUAUGAAAGAUCCAAUUGUGGAUGUUCCAGGAUUCUCCAGACAUUACGAAACAUCCAAAAAGAUGGAUCUACUGUCUUUUGCAAAGCCUUUCAUAAGCACAGCGAAAAGUGAUCUCAUUUUUGAACCGUAUACCAAGAUACCAAAAGCAGUCAUGCUGGAAACCACUUUGAAUGCUUUCGGUCGCUCCAUUGACCUUUUUGAGCUUGGUCUUGAUGGCAAAGACUUUGACCCAUCUCUGGAGGCUAUUUUUGGACCAGAAGGAUUUUUCCCCAACAGCGCAAUGAAAACUCUGUAUUGGGUGGAUGGGAAAGUUCCAGAGAAGGUAUCAGAAGUGCUGUUUAAUUGGUUUGGAGUCAGCAGAAACAACAAAGCACCAAAAGAUGGUCUGAUGAAGGAACUCAUGCGCAAUUUUCAGAAAAUGAUGAAGGAGAUUCAGACACAGGCAGGAACACCAGAAGCAAAUGCUUUCUUGAGAAUAUUCGGAAAUGAACUUGGAUAUGUUAAAUUCAGCGAUAUCAAGCAGCUGGGAGGAAUGCUAUCAAGAAGUGCCAAGUACCUGCAGCAACUUCCAGUACAGAUCAAACAGGCUAUAGCAAAAGGGAUAAAUGGUGACCUAUUUGCGCAUUACAUCUUCCUGGAUAGUCAAUUUAACUUUCCGACUGGAGCUGGCUUUCCUCUCAAAUUCUCUUUGUCAGGCACAAUCGCACCAGGCGCCAAAGCAGGCAUAAAAGUUGACAGAAAGCAGGGAGACGUGUUUAUCAAACCAUCAGUUGGAGUGGAAUUUGUGACUCAACUGGGAGUCAAUGUACCUGAUUUUACCAGAAAUGCGAUUCAAAUGAAUUACAACUUAUAUCACGAGUCUGGUUUUGAAGCCAAGAUCAGCAUGAAUAACGGUCAAGUUAAACUCAGCAUCCCAGCACCAAAGGAACCAACCAAGCUCUUGAGUGCGAGCCUUCGACUGUCACUGUUACAUAGUACAAAAAGUGAAGAAAUCCCAUCCAUCAUGGAAGACAGACAAGAAUGGAAAUCCUGCAAACCACUGAUCUCAGGCCUUAACCUAUGCAGUACUGCUAUGUACUACGAUUCUAAUGAUGAAACAUCCAGAUAUUCACUAAUUAGGGCAACGAGGUUUGUGGUUCAGCUUGAACCUACAGGCACUGUAAGUGAGUAUUCUGCAACAGUGACAUAUCAAUCCCCAAGAAGCAAAGAAGACUUAGAACACUCUGUUCAACUUGUUGUUCAGGCAAAAGGUACUGAAGGUACAGAAGCUACACUGGAUGUUACGUACAAUGCAAAUACGCAUGUUGUCACAGGAGACAUUCAGAUUCCCAAAUUUGAUAUGGAAUUUGGUGUGAAAAUGGGAAUUCAAGAUACAUCUGCACCUGAAAAGACCUCAUAUGCUCUCAGCUUUAAUGUCACAAACAAAAAUGUGCCCGACCUGACCCUUGUUGGACAUGUAAGCACUGGAAUGAAAGACGUCAUGCUCCGUGGCCUGUUCUCCAUGCCUCAGCUGGCUGUAGAGGCAAAAACCAGCACUUACUUUCAGUUGAUAGACAAAAUGUUCACUGCUCGGUUUGAUGCAGAUGCCGUUAUGCCUCAUUCCAAGGCAUCACACCAAGUUACUAUCCAAUCAUCUUCUAAAAAGGCUCAAGUGUCAUGGAGUUCAGAAGUGACAUCUGAUAUCCAAAUAAUCCGUGAACAAAUCCCUGAUCUGUCCACCUACCAGGCAAACCUGCAGGAGUAUGCAGAUCAACUCUUGGAUCGCAAAAUGGCUCAAACUGACAUGACAGUAAAACACAUAAUUUCCAAAUUCAUGGUGGCAAUGAAUAGUUGGCUGAAAAGGGCCUCUGAAGACGUUCCUUAUGUUGCCACAUUUCAAAACAAGCUGAAGCAUCUGCAAGAUCUGAACUUUGAGCAAAUGGGAUUAUUUUCUAUUGACCUUCCUGAAAAACUAUUCCUGAAAAGUCAAGGCUCUGCCAAAUUUACAUUUAGCAGAGAAAGAAUAUCCAUCACCAUUCCAAUUCCUUUUGGUGGAAAGGUAACUAAAGAAAUUCGACUGUUACCAAGUUCAUUCCAAACACCAGCAGUGUUUGCUUUGGGAUUCAACAUCCCAUCCAAGCAGUACAAUUUACCAAUAAAUUCCAUUCCAUCCAUUUCUAUUCCUGAAGAGCACACACUCCUCAUUCCUUUAGUUAACAAAUUGGAAUUCUCCACACAUCUGAAUAGCAAUUACUACAAUUGGGAUGGAAGCUUUUUAGGUGAAAAAAUGUCAAAGAAGGGUGUAACCCAGAUUACUGCUAAUAUGAAUAUCAAGGCAGACUCUACACUGGAUCUUCUGGCCUAUCAACUGAAAGGUAAUACAAUUUUAAGCCAAAAUACAAAGCAGAUUACGGCUGUGAACCUUGAUGGAUCAUUUCACCAUAAACUACUUGAAUCUUCAAUACGUCUCAGUGAAACAUUGGAUACAUCAGCUGGAAAGAAAUCUCAGUCAAGUUUUACAUGGGAAGCAUCGAGCAGUGUAGGAGCCAAAGCCUCCUUGUCAUCACAACUUCAACUGGAGACCAAAAAUUCAAAACUUGAAACACAAGGAAAUGUCCGAGGGAUAUUAGCUGUCUCUUCAUAUCAAUCUGCCUGGAAUUAUACCACCACUUCCACACUUGAUACCCAAAACUACGAAGCUGUAGGAAAUUCAGUUUUAGAUUUUAACUCACCCCUACUUCAGGUUAGCAACACAAUUGAUGGUGAAUAUACUAAAGGGGUUUUCUCAAUCAAUUCAAAUACUGGUUGUUCCCAUUUAAAUUUUAAAAAUGUCCUAAGUGCGAAGAUGAGCUCUGAAGAAGCUGAGCUGAAAUGUGAUACUUCAGGCCAGGUUGACAAUGGUAACCUGAUCAGUAACAUAAAAUGGAUGGUCAACAAGAAUGGCUUUAAGACAGAAAACAAACUGAAAGGUGAACUGUUUGAUGCUAACUUGGAAAAUGUAGCUCUGCUAGAAUACGGUAAUAGUCUUCUGAGUCUCUCAUUGGACACAACUGGAAGGUACAAGGCCAUGGAGACAAAGAAUAAAUUGGAUCUCACUGCAUCAAUGCAGCAAAUGGAUGUUCGACAUGAGUGUCUCGCAAGCUAUUCUGACAAACAGUUGCACAACAUCCUGACCGGCACGUUUAAUCUUCGUGGUCUUGAGGUAAAGGCUGACACUAGAUUGAGUGGUGGAGCAAGCCAAGCUGCCAAUAAGGCAACUCUGAAAAUUGACACCAAUGGUCUGACAACUGGUGUGAUCUCCAAUGUACAGAUAAGUCCUUUGAAGCUGAAACAUACUUUCAACGCUGCUGUGGACGGAACAAAAGCAAGCAUGAAGUUAGACGCAACAGGCCAAAUCAGUGAAAAUUCAAUACGUUUGAUAGCAGAGGGAACAGCAGACAACAGAGGAAUAGUUGCCAGUACUACAUAUCAAGGUGAUAUUUUGGACACAAACUCAAACAAUAUUGUCAACUUUAAACUGAAUAAGGAAGAAGGCCUGGUGUUUAAUUCAAAAACCCAGGCAUCAUACGGAGAGAAUAAAUUGAAACAUAAGAAUGAAUUGUCCGUUGCUGGUUGGUCACUCAAAGGCAAAAUCCAAACUGAUAGUUCUCUAAGUUGUGGAAGCAAAUACAAGCACACAUGUGAGGUGGAGAUGAAACCUUUCACAGUUUCAUUUGAUGUAAUAAACAAUUUCAAGUACCGAGAAUUAGAUGUUACCCACAAUGGACAACUAGUGCUGGAACCAUUCAAGAUUAACUUUAAGGGAGACUUGAAAGGAUUACACAAAAGGAAUCAAGUGACACAUACGUAUUCCAUUCAGUAUGCCGAUUGGGUAGCUGCGUUGAGCACAAACACAGUUGGAAAUAUAGAAAGUGAAACCAUGAGACACAAGGUGGAUCUCAAAAUUGCUGGACUUUCCGCAAAAUUCUCCAGCGACUCCAACUGUGAUUCAAAAUCACUUCAAUUUACAAAUCGCAUACGCUCUGCAGUUGUUCCUUUUCUCUUCACCUUUGAAGCUAACACCAAUGGCAGGGGAUUUAUUAACGUUCUGGGAUCCCAUAGUGGAGACCUCAUCAAUAAGUUCCAAAUGAAGGCAGCACCACUAUCCCUCAUAUUGGUUCAUGACUUCAGAGGAACAUCUCAACUUGAUCGGGAAAGUGAAAACCCGGCCACAACACUUCUGGAAAACAAGUUAAAUGUAAUGCUGAAUCCAUCUGAGCAGACAAGCACAUGGGGGCUAAAAAGUCAGUUAAACAGGAAUACUUAUGUACAAAAUAUCAAUGCCUAUAAUAAUCCAGAAACAAUUGGUAUGGACAUUACAGGUCAAGCUAUGGUUGAUCUAGGAAUGCUCAAAUAUCCAGUUGCUAUCCCAUUCUCCUCAAAUAAAUUGUAUUUACUUUCUGCGUUGGGUCUGACAAGUGCCGAUAUAGCUGAACCUAAAGAACUGCAAAUCUCAGGGAGCCUUCAAUACGAUAAAAGUAAAGAGGCCCAUGUUAUUAACAUACCCUUCUUGGAAGAUGUGCCCAUUUAUUUUGAGGAAUUUAAGGGUGUAAUUCUAAGUACACUGGAGUCCAUUCAAAAUUACCUGAAGAAUUUGGACAUUAAUCAGUUUGUUGAGAACUACAAGAAAACCCUAGAGAAAUUUCCAGGCCAAGUGAAUAAUUUCAUUAGGAAAUUGAAAUUAGAACAGAAGAUUAAUGAUGCAAGAGGGAGGAUAUUGAGUUUUGCAGAGGAAUAUAGAAUAACAGAAGAGGAUCUUGAAGUUGCGUUGAAGCAAGCUCAAGUGUUUUACCAAGAUGCAAUUACCCAGCUGCAAACAUACCUGACAGAUCUGAAGGACUUUCUGCAAAAGUAUUACAACAACUACGAAGUACAGAAAGCUAUUGAAAAUCUCAUUAACCAACUCAUGGAAACACUGAGGUCUAUUGAUAAGCGAUAUGAAAUAACCCAAACAUCUAUUCGGACCCUCACUACCCUACAGGAUGCUCUCCAGAGGUUUCAACUCAGUAAAUUACAAGGUGAUGCUGUGGUUUGGCUCCAACACAUAGAUGAAAAACACCAGAUUCAAGUUCAGCUUCAAAACACAUUACAGCAGCUAAAGAUGCAGAUCCAGAGCAUUGAUUUGGAGGAAACAGCAAAUAGAUUGAAACAACAAAUUGCAUCCAUCAAUGCUGAUGAGGUUGUUGAAAAACUGAAGCAACUUUUGAAUACUGACAAGAUAAAUGAACUAAUUGACAAACUCAAAAAGGUGCUUUUGAUGCUGAUGGAGGAUUAUGAAAUUAUGGACAAAAUUAACAGCAUCAAUACCAAGCUGCAGGAGAUAAUUGUUAUGUAUGAAAUUGGCAAACAGGUUCAGAUAUUCUGGGAUAACACUGUGCAAAUCAUUAAGAAAUACAAGUUUAAAGAAACAUUACAAAAGCUAACAAAUAUUCUGAAAAGCAUAGACAUAAAAUCAUACACUGACAGCCUCAUUCAAAAUAUCGAUGAAAGCAUUAAACAAAUAAAAUCAUACAACUAUGAGGAUAUGAUUGAAAAAAUCAAUGAUUUGCUCAGCACACUUAUCACAAAAUUAAAGGAAUUUGACUACAAUGUAUUUGUUGAUGAGGCAAACAAAAGGAUCCGUGACAUGACCAGGACAGUCAAUGAUAAGAUUCAGGAUUUAGAACUACCACAGAAGGUUGAAGCUGUGAAAGACUAUGUACAGGCAUUGCAAUCAACAGUAAGUGAAUACCUGGAAACGCUCAAUCAAAAAAAGCUCAGUGAACUGAUCAAGCAUUUGUCAGAUAUUUUUAGAAGCAUUGGCACAUCACUGCUUGAAGACAUGAUUACUGGAUUUCAGUACGUCCUCGAGGAUCUUGAAGAGAGGUUCAGUAGAAUGAAUAUUCAACAGGAACUGCAAUGGUACUGGCAGCAAGCUGUGCAAUCCUACCAGAGAAUCAAUGGGCACCUCUGUGACUUGUACGAUAACAUCGCAGAACAACUUAGCAUUUGGGCUGAAAGAUAUCAGUUACAAGAUUUGCUGACUCAAUUAUGUAGCUACUUGGAAGAAGGCUUUGUUGUUCCAGAAUUGAAGACCAGCCUAUUCACUGUGCCUCAAUUUGAAGUGAGUCUUCAAGCUAUCAGAAGAGGAGAAUUUAACACGCCAGCAUUCACAGUUCCUUUAACAGACCUGCAAAUACCAUCUUUCCAUGUAAACUUGAAAAAGCUCAAUAGCAUCACCAUUCCUACUCGAUUUACCAUUCCACAGUUCACGAUCUUGAAACUAGUGACUGUCCCUGACAUUACAAUCGAUUUAGAAAAAAUUAAAGAGUAUAUUGUCUCAACAAUUAACAACUUGCGUCAUUUUGAUAUUUCAGUACAAGAAAUCAAUUUACUUCGAGAUAUUCCUUUUCCAGUUAUUUCUUUACCAGAAAUAAAGAUCAGCGAACUGGAUUUCAGUGCACUAAAUAUACCUGAUAUCAGAAUCCCCAAACUGAAUUUGGACAGCUUCAAUCUGAAUGACAUGCAAAUUCCAGACUUCCAACUUCCUCGUAUACCUCACACAGUUGUGCUGCCCGCUUUCGGAAAACUUACUGGAACCUUCAAUAUCUCAUCUCCUGUCUACACCCUGAUGGCCAAAGCUGGCAUUCACAACAGUACAACCAGUCAAAACAGUCCAGUAGCUCUCGCUUUUCUUACUGCAAAAGCCAAAUCUACAGCAGAGAUCUUGUCCUUCAACUUCGAUGCUACAGCCCGCCUGUCAGCACCUGAGCUUCGGCUUCUAAAAUUGAGUGAAAAUAUAAAGCUUGAACACACAACUGUCAGAAUUGACCACAUGGGAACUUUGACCUUCACUGCACCAUCUAUUGAUGGAAAAUCUGAGACAACUGUCAAGAUCGUCAGUGAAGCCUAUAAUGCAGAAGCUAAAAAUGUUUUAUCAAUGAGUGUACGACAAGGACUUUCCACAAACAUGGAGACAACCUAUAACCACAAUUUCAAUGUUCCUCAGGCACAGAUAUCAAGUCAGGUUACAAUGGUUAACAUUGUAAAAGGUUUGGCUCAACAAACAAGUGCAACGGUAUCUGUGACAAAUACAGGUAGUGGAAGAUGGUCUGUAAAGGACUUCUCUGAUGAAGGCACACACAAAAGUGAACUGAAGCUAAACCUAAGAGAAACUGUCGCAGUAGCUACAUUCUCAGGUGACACCAGUACCAAGUAUAUAAAGAUGAAGCAAACUUUCACAUCUGAGGUUAGUUCGUUGUUUCAUGCCAAAUUUGCAUUGAAUGCAGACACAGAUAUUACAGACGUUGGACAUAGCUUUGUGAAUGUAAGUGGAAAAGGAGAACUUGGAGAUUUGAAAAUGGAAGUAACAGCAUUUCACGAUGCUAAUCUUUCUGGCCGAGUGGCAGGUACACUUAGCAAUUCACUUAGCUUCACAGCACAACCAUUUGCAAUUCACACUUCAACAAAGAACAGGGCAAUUCUGAAGGUUUCCUUCCCUUUGACCCUCAUCGGCAAAAUAGAUUUAAUGAAUAACUACGAACUGACUCUUACUUCAAACAAACAACUGUGCACCUGGCAAGUAAACAGUAAGUUCAACCAGUACAGAUAUCAUCACGAACUUUCUGUAGGCAAUGAUGAAGAAAGCAUAACUGCGCAACUUAGACUGAACGGCCAUGCAAAUCUUGAUUUCCUGAUCACACCAAUUUCAAUUCCUGCUGUUACUCUUCCUUAUUCAUCAGUCAAAACUCCUGCAAUUACUGGCUAUUCUUUGUGGGAAGAAGCAGGAUUGAAAUCCCUUCUGAAAACAAUUAGUCAGUCAUAUGACCUUAGUAUGAAAGCUCAGUACAAGAAGAACAAGGAUAUGCACACCUUCAAAGUAGAAAUGGAACCGCUUUACAGGAUGAUUAAUAAUGGUAUUAAAAAAUCUGUGCAAAAUUUUGAACAGAGCAGGGACAAAGCUUUGAAUGUACUGCAAGCAUCGUACAAUAAUGCCAAGGCUAAUUAUUAUGCAUUGGGAAUAGAUUCUGGUGUAAGAAAGCUGCCAAAAAGUCUUCAUAUUCCAGGAUAUACUAUCCCACUGUUGAAUAUUGAUGUCUCCUCAUAUACAGUUGAGCUGCCAGCUUUAGGUUUUGUUACACCUAGAGAGAUAACGACACCUACCUUUACAUUGCCCAUUAUUUCCUUCACUAUGCCAUCAUACAACCUUGUGGUACCAUCUCCUGAUUUGCCACUAUUACAUAUACCUUCCAGUCUGUACAGGCUGUCACUUCCAAAAAUCAAAAUGCCACGUAUUCAAGAUUCCAUCAAAAUCCCUGCUAUGGGCAACUUGACUUAUGAUUUCUCAUUCAAAUCAAGUGUAAUAACACUCAGUGCUUCUGCUGGACUCUUCAACCAAUCAGACAUAGUAGCCCGUUAUGGUGCCUCUUCUUCAUCUGUCUUUACUUCAGAUUUCAAAGCAGAGGGAACAACAAGUCUGACAAAAAAGCGAGGGUUCAAAUUAGCUACAACAAUAUCUGUUAAUCAUGACGCCAUUCAAGGAAAGCAUGACAGCACUGUGAGUUUCACCAAGAGGAACAUGGAAGCUUCAGUUUCCACUGAAGCACAUGUCAAACUUCCUCACAUGACUCUUAAUUUGAAGCAUGAUCUGAGUGGAAACACUAAAUCUAAGCCUAAUGUAAUGUCAAGAGUGUCACUGGAUUAUGACCUUUCACUCUUUUCACCAGACAUCAGUACUCAAGGAGCAGUUACACAUUCUCUCACCAUGGAAGGUCUUACAUCUUACUUCAAUUUGGAAACUACAACAGAUGCUCAGGUUAAGGGAAGUCUUUCUUCCGAAAAGAAAUAUACUGGUGUUGUGCACAAUGAAGCAAAUGCCUACCUCAAUUCAAAUGGUGCUCGUGCCACUGUAAAACUUCUGCUCGGUUCAUUAGCGAAUAGAGGUUAUCAUAAAAUUUGGAACAUUACAAUGAAUGAAUAUUUUGCUGUGGAUGCCUCGAUGAAACGCAUUUAUGCCACCUGGCAGCAUUCUGUCGAUAAUGCAUUGAAAAUAUUUUUGUAUAAUGGGUAUGGCAGUCAAAAAUCAUUAGGAACUCUUGAGCUGGAACCCUGGAGUUUGAAAGGAAACCUGCAAGCUCAGAUGGAACAACUGUCUUACAUAUGGGGUAAGGUAGCUAUGCAACAUGAAUCAACAGCAGUCAUCAAUUCAGAGAUUCAAAAAUUAACUUCAAAAAGUAAAGGAAAUUAUGAUUCAAACACGUUAUUCAGUUUUGAUGUGCAGUUGUCAAACAACGAAGAAGAACUUCGUCUUGACAUGGCUUAUUUCUGGCAAGGAAGUGCAUAUAUACUGAAAUCAAUUACCCUUCCAGUGUAUCAGAAAUCAUUGUACAGUAUACUGAAAAUGGACCAGACUAAUACUGGUGUCCAUAGCCAAUACAUAAAUGUAUCUACGUCAAUCGUAUGCAUAAAGGAUGGAAACUUUCUUAUUCCUCUACUAGUGGAAAUGUUAUCAGAUGGUGUCAAGAUCAAGCUCCCUGAAUUUGUCCUUCAUGUCCCAGAUUGGGUAAAAUCAACACCUGACGUAAUUAAUGGCAUCCUGAUCCAAUAUCUUCAAGAUGUCCCUAGGAUUCCUGAGAUUCCUGAGGAAAUCAAUGUUCCAACAUAUGAAGUUCCAGGAAUGAACAUUGUCAUACCAUCAUAUACAUUCACGUUAUCAGAGGUUAAGCUGCCAACAGUAAUUAUCACCCCCACAUUCAAAGUUCCAUUUACUACACUUCAGAUACCAUCAUAUACCAUUGACCUUACAGUGAUUACUAUUCCAUCCAAGAUCAACACUCUUCCAUUUGAUGUGACUUUGCCAGCUUUACCUACAAUAAGAUUUCCAAAAGUAAGCAUUACUUCCAAGUAUCUUGAAGUUGCUGAGUACAAGAUCCCGUAUUUUGAAGUGACUGUACCUGAAUUCCGAAUCACCAUUUUGCCGUUUUCUCUACCAAAAUCCUUCAGCAUCGAUGAUUAUUAUGUGGAGUUGGACAAAAUUACAAAUUACAUAGCAAACUUUGAUCUGCCAGCAAUAACAAUCUCAGAAAUGACAUUGGAUAUUCCAUCACUUAAGUUCAGUUUGCCUGCAGCAAUUGCUUUGCCGAAAUUUAAGUCUCUGACUGCAAAUGUGAAAGUUAUAUCCCCAAUAUACAACACAACAUGGAUCGCAAGUGUAGCAAAUACACAUAAUGUCUUUGGAGCUGCUUUGAAUGCAACAUGCAGUUCUACAAUGCAGUUCCUGGAGUAUGAUUUGACUGCAACUUUAGAUGUAAAUAGAAAUACCAAAGACAGCUACAGUUUUAUUCGAAAGUACACACUGAAACACCUUGACUUCAAUGUUGACUGGCAGGAGAAUUAUCUAGUUGAAGGUCCAAGAAUGACAUGUAAGGUCAACAUAGAUGUCAACAGCCCAACUUUCACAGAUCUUAAUCUUUCCUGGUUGCAAAACGAUGAUGGACUUUCUACAACAAUUUCCUCUCCAACUGCUGGACUUUUGGGCUUGAUCAUUGAAAUGCAAGGAUCAGAAGUUCUGCACUCAAAGCUUUAUGCCCAAAAAACAUCAUCUCCUACAACAGAUUUAGUUAUUCUGGAUGGCAAAGUUUCACUGGAGAAUCCAAAAAGCAUCCAAGUCCAAGUCAACUGGAGGAACGAUGUUGCUGUAGAUAUGCUACAAGGUCUAAAGGAGAGAGUACCUAAGAUGACAAGAGCUCUAUAUAACUGCGUGAACAAGUAUCACAAUGAUCAUUUUGGAAUGGAGUUAAGUGCUGCCUCCUUGAAGUUGAAGGAAUCAAUCAAUGGAAAUAUCAAUGAAGCAUACAAAAUAGCAGUCAAUCAAAUGAAUGAAGUAGAAAACUAUCUCCAGGUUGAUAUUGAUGGUAUCUCCUUGAAUUACGACCAGAUGAGGGAAACGAUGAGAAAAAUGUUCAAAACAGCAAAAAUAAAUGUAAAAUAUUCAAAUAUUCAAAGAGAUUUGAUCGAUAUCUUUAGAUUUAUAUUCCAACAGUAUUAUCGGAUAUUUGAACGUCAAUUUGAUUCAUUCAUUCAUUUUGCAAAGAUGACCAGAUUUCAACCACCAGGACUUGAUCGCCCAUAUACGGGUCAAGAGCUAUACAACAUGGCCAUGGAUCGGAUGGCACUAUUAGAGGAACUCAUUCAAAAACUUGAUAAAAUUGUGGAAGGAUAUCUUGAAGCUUUGAUAAAAUAUAUUGUUCAGUUGGAAAUUAAAGUACCUUCUACUGACAAAAUCAUCAAAGGCUCAGAAAUCCUAUCAGAAUUAAAAGAAUUUCUAAGAAAAGUUCAGAGAAACAUCCAUGAAACUCUAAGGAAAAUGAACAAAUCUAAUUUUGAAAAAGAUAUGCAAUCAAUAAAAGAAUAUAUGAAGAACUGCUAUGGCAAAAUUGAGUUAAAGUUCAGAGAGUUAGAGAAUGGAGACCCUGAAACCAUUAGAUAUCAAGUGCACAUGAUGUACCUUGAUAUACUUGAUUCACCAUAUGCCGAAAUAUUGCAUUCAGAUAAUGUGAAAGAAUAUGUUUCCAAACUUCUUCAAAUGAGCCAAACCAUUUUGCAAGUUCUUGUGGAAAAGAUUCAGGCAGCAGGCCUCUAUGUGAAGGCAAUACGUGAAGAGCAUCUUGAUAAUUUUCUGUUUGGAUGGACUGCCAAAUUCAUUGAGAUUGAAGAAAAUGUCUUAAAGUCAUUAAAAGAAUUGCUGGACCAUAUUAAAGAAGAGAGUCCAACAAUAAUUGACAAGAUUGUGACAAAUACCAAUAAUCUGAAAAAGGAAACAAGAAGAUUUGUUGAAAUGUCUGCUGACAAGGUUUUCAACUAUCUGAAAGACAUACAAAUAGGUUUUGAAGGCAAAGCGAACAUAAACAUUACUGAAUAUCUUAGAAUGCUGAAAACAAAGCUGACUGAGUUACGCCUUCAAGCUAAAAGGAGCAUAACUGAAUAUAAAAAGACAGCCAAAAUCAAAGUAAGCGAAGCUUAUGACUACUUCACUGAAUCAUAUGGAAUGCUAAAUGACAAAGCACAGAUGGCGAUUGAUAUUCUCAUUAAAACAUACAGUCAAUUCAUGCAAACCAUAUAUAAUUUUGUGGAAUCCAUUUCCAUUAUGAUCUCUGAAACAACUCAGUCUUACUUGGAAGUCCGCCAGGGACAAGUUACACUUAAUCUGCCUCACAAUUUUUAAUGUUAAAUCUUUGAUUUAAUGCCCAUAAUUGAAACAGAUGCAAUGAGUCAGUUAAACACAACCAUUGCCAAUGGACAUCGGGUACAGCAAAGAAAUGAUAAUCUUAUCAAACAUGAAAAAAAUUAUUCUCUAGGAAAACCAGCCCAAAGGACAAUAAACAACAAAAAAUAAAAUUUUAGCUGAAUAUUUAAGUUGUUGUAAUCAAAGUAGCAUGUAGAAUUUGUGUUAUUUUCAUGUAUGAAAAAGAUAAUUACAUGUUAUUUCAGUGCCUUCACAAUGCAAAUAUUUACAGAUUUCUGAAUAAAUUGGCAAGUUCUUCAUGUAUUGCUUUAUUUUCUUCAUGUGAAAGAAAUGUGGCCCUAUUGCAAAUGUUUUAAGUUGUACUCAAAUAAAAAAGAUUUUAAACACUU